ACCUGAAUGUACUUUACUUUACUAAACUAAAAUAAGGAGUAAACCAUGGCAGAAACACACCCCACUUGUUUAGUAUCUCUUAUUUAUCUGCUGAGGGAGAGAUUCUACAGACAAGUUAUAAACACUGCUCUGAGCUACCUGAAAACAUACCCCAAUGACCCUGUUCUUCUGUUCUUCAAAGCUUUUGCAGCUUUUAAUGAAGGACAUUUCCAGGAUGCCAUACGGGAGCUGAACCAGCUCAGGGACAAACCUCAGGUUUCCCUGUGCUCAGUAAUGGCUCUACUUUGGGCACACAGACAGAGAGAGACUAUUGAUGGUGAGGCGGUGUCUGAGCUGGACUCCUCUUUUAAGAUGACCAGGAGAACUGCUGGAGAAAAGGCUCUGUACUAUGGAGCGCUGUUUUACUGGAUACUGGGAAGGAAUCAGAAGGCCAGGGAGUACAUAGAAAAGAUGUUCAAACUGUUCAAUGCUUCUUCAGAGGGGCUCAUUCUUAAGGGAUGGAUCUUCCUGACCUCUGAGAUUGACACUGAACGAUCUCAGGCCAUUCAGUACUUUGACAAUAGCAUUUGUGACUUCAAAAAUGUGUUUGGAUUGAUGGGAAAGAUCGAGUUCUUUAUGGCAAGACAAAAGGAAUCACAUGCUUUGGAGACAGUCAAUCAGAUCAUAGUUUCCUACCCUGACUUCAUUCCAGCUCUCAUUCUUAAGAUGAACAUGUUCAUGUCUCUUCAUGACUGGGAGCAAACAGCCGAGGUGGCUGAAAGGAUUUUGGAGCUGGAUGCACAGAAUUUAAAAGCUCUUCAAAUGAUUAUCGUAACCUCUGCAGCAAAGAACGGAGAUAUAGAAAAAGUAAAAAAGGAUCUUCAGUUUCUGAUGAGUGCAGCAGAAGUGACAGAGCCCAGCACUCCCAGUCUUCAUGUGGAAAUAACCAUGCCCAUCAGCAGACUGUGUGGACACAACAAAGAGGUUGUGCAGAUGCUGGCUAGCUUUGUGCAAAGAUCUGUGUCUAGAGCCCCAGACGAUUCCGCUAUGGCCUCUGAACUGGGCUACCUUCUCACGCUCCAGCACAAGUACAAAGAUGCACACAGAUGGUACUCUAAAGCUCUGAAUAUAGACCAGAGCAGUGUGGCUGCCUUAGUAGGUAUUAUCAGAUGCCAGCUGAUGGAUGGGCGGGUUGAGGAGGCAGCACAGCAGCUGGAGUUCUAUCAUGAGAUGGAGCAGUCACUAGGACUCUCAGCAGACAUGAUUCUACUGCAGGCCAUGCUGGCAAAUAAGAAGAGAGCAGUGCAAGAGAUUGUGGUAGCCCUGCUAAAGGAGGCUACAGAAGUUCAUUUUCAGGGUCUCAGAGGCCUGCCGCAUGGUGUGGACUACUUACAAAGGCUUAACCUUAACUUCCUCCUUGAAGUCGUCAGCAUGCAUGUUGCUGACAGUCAGGAUAUGCCACAUGAUGCUGGUCAGCCCUGUCCCUUUGGACUCAAACAUGCCAGUCUGAUUCUAGAGGCAGUAAUUAAAGCUGCUCCACGUGUGUUUACCAGCUGCUACUAUAUGGCUCAUAUUAAAUUUAUUACAGGUGAUCAGACAGCUGCUCAGCACUUUCUGAACCUCUGCAUGGAGAUGGAACCCAACAUGCCUGAGAUCCACCUACUGCAGGCAAAACUACACCUCCAUGCUGGAGACUAUAGCAAGUGUCUUAGCAGCUUGGAGUCUGGAGUCAGCCAUAACUUUCAAUUAAGACAAAUGCCGCAGUACAAUUUAAUUAAAGCUAGAGCUCUGAAAGGAGAUGGGAAGUUAGCCGGUGCCAUCCUGUGUCUGCAAAUGACUAUGAGCCUGCCAGGGGUCAAGAGAAAUAUCAAGGGACAAGAAAACUUAGUCUCCCAUGCUGAACGUGCUUCUCUUUUCCUGGAGCUAGCAGAAGUACUUCGACUGAACGGCGAGCAGCAUGAAGCUACUAAAGUCAUGCAGGACGCAAUUUGGCAGUUCAAGGACACUCCUGAAGAAAUGAGGGUUAUGGUAGCUAAUGUUGACUUGGCUUUAACGAAAGAUGAUAUCGACACGGCUCUUAAUGCACUGAGAAGUAUCACACCUGGUCAGUCAGUCUACAUACUGGCUAAAGAAAAGAUGGCCACCAUUUACCUUCAGAGGCUGAGAGACAAGAGACUUUAUAUGGCAUGUUACAGGGAUAUCUGUGAACAUCUACCAGGACCUCACUCUUUUGUGUUGAUGGGUGAUGCUUUUAUGAAGAUUCAAGAGCCAGAGAAAGCUAUCGAGGUCUAUCAGGAAGCAGUAAAAUUGGCACCCAGAGACGCAACUUAUGCUAAGAAAAUAGGCCAAGCCCUAGUGAGGACACACCAAUACAACAAGGCUAUUGACUAUUAUGAGACUGCCCUUAACACCAGCGAUCAUGAGACUGUGUGUUUGGAGCUGGCUGAGCUUCUGAUUAAACUCAAGUGCUUUGAAAAAGCUCAACAGAUCCUAGAGAAAGCCUUGGAUCAUGAUGAUAGCUCUGAUCUAACCACCAUGAUGAACGAUGUAAAGUUUUUAAGAAUGCUUGUAAAAGUGCAGAGCGCUAGAGAUGAACCAUGUCUGGAAAAGUUGCAUAAGAUCUAUGAAGUUCAGCAGAAGGUUAUAAGACGUUUGCAUUUUGAGCAGCCUGAAGUGAUAGAUGAGCAAAGGAAAAUUGCAGCAGCUAUUUGUUGUGAAAGAGCCAAGGAGUACUGCAGCAUGCGUGAUUUUGAGAGGGCCAAAGAGUGCUACUCAGAGGCCCUAAGCUACAGCCCAAAAGAUUUACAGAUUCAUUUCCAGAUUGCUCAGUUGUAUUAUGAGCACCACCAACUGGAUUACUGUGAAGAGCAAUGCCUUAAAAUAAUGACGCACAACGAAAAUCACACUGCCACCAUUAUGCUUUUAGCAGAUGUGCUGUUUCGGAAGAAUCAAAAAGAAGAAGCCAUCAAGAUGUACACAGAUAUCCUAUCCAAACACCCAGACAACCUCCGGGUGCUGGGACAGUUUCUCCACAUGCUACGCUGGGCGGGGAGACUGGAGGAAAUACUACCCUUCUUGGAGAAUUGUAAAACCUCCUGUCCAACUGCAUUUACAGAACCAGGUUACAACUAUUGCAAAGGUCUUUACUACUGGCAUGCAUAUCGGGUUCAGGAAGCGCUGGUGCACCUGAGCCAGGCCAAAAGGGAUCCAGAGUGGGGAGAGGAGGUCAUCGAGCUAAUGUUGCACAUUUUACUUAAUCCAGACAGAAAAACAUUUGGAGGAGAGGUGUUUGAGAGCUCAGAAGAGCAUCCAAGUUCCAAUGUACCAUCCAAUGAUGAGGGUGAAUUAAUGAGAAUAAGCAUGGCCCAGAAUCUGCUGAAGGAGUUUCAGCCUCGCUCCAAAGCCAUUAGUGACAAAGCAAACUUCUUUCACAACCUCUGCCUGGUCUAUAGCAAGGAGCCAAAGCAAGUGGAGAGCGCUGUUCAAUCCCUCUCUGACAUGGUGGCAAAGAACGUGAUGUUGGAGGCCUCAUUACUGGUAGCAGCUCAAGGGCUUCUGCAGCUUAAACAAACUCCCAGAGCUAGGAACUAUCUAAAAAGGAUUAGCAAGGCACAGUGGACUCCUGCUAUUGCUGAUUACAUCGAGAAAAGCUACCUGCUGCUCGCGGACAUGUACAUCAAAAUGGGAAAAUAUGUAAAUGCAGAAAAACUUAUGGAUGACUGCAUCCGACACAACAAGUCAUGCAGCAAGGCAUAUGAGUACAAGGGCUUCAUAAUGGAAAACGAUCAGAGAUACAAGGAUGCUGCUGAACAGUACGAACUGGCCUGGAAAUACAGCUACUGCGUAGAUCCUGCAAUUGGAUACAGGCUCGCUUUUAAUUAUCUGAAGUGUAAGAAUUACACACAGGCAAUCGAUGUCUGUCAUCAGGUCUUGCUAGAAUAUCCUGAUUACCCUCAGAUCCAGUCUGAAAUUCUGCAUCGUGCCCAGCUCUCUUUAAGACCAUAAGGACAAAUCAUUAUUAAUAUUAUUAUUAUUAUUAUUAUUAUAGCAGUCAAGUUAAAUUCGACUUCCAUAAACUAUAUGGAUAUCUCCAGCAGAACAGUCUGUAUUUUGUUUGGGUCUUCAGGCUUUUUAAUGGCAGGACGUGUUUGGAUUGUGUGCAAGUCUUGUCAAUUUCUGUUUGAAUUUCAUCAUAAAACCUUUUGACUUCCACUUUGCUGGUAUCUGUUGUUUGGCCACAAACCUGUAUGACAGUAAUGUUGAAUAGUCGUGUAUAAAUUUAGCUUCAAAUGGCCAAACUGUUCCAGUUUUGAUUCGUCACGCUAUAAAACCAGAACUCUGCAGGCUUAUCCAAAUUCCAGUCAACCCUUUCUGGGUCUCUUGGGCAAGACUGGCGUGCACUGUGGAGGCUGGCCAUGCAGUCUUAUGUUGUUAAGUGACUUGUGGUUGCCAAUAACGCAUUUGUCCCAGCCUUUAUGAGAUCACCUUGUAGGUCUUUUGCAGUAAUACUUUUUUGUUGUUGUCAUGAUAAGAUUACUAAGGUAUUUGGAUAAAAUUAUGGGCUUUUUCCCUAUGCCUAGGCUGGUUUGCUGCAGCCUUAUAAGUUUUGAACUUCUGGAUAAUACUCCCAAUGGAGUCUCUAGGAAUGUUCAAGGACUUAUUUUAAUUCCCAUUGCCCUUUUUGGUGCAAUAAAAUUUCUUAUUUCUU